AUGGGCUUCCAGCAGCGACGGACAGUGUACUGGGUGGUUGCGGUCGUGCUGGGUCUGGUCGUUAUUUUGCACGCGAGUGGGGCGGCGUCCUGGCUGCACGGACCCAAGUCAAAGGUGGUGCACCUGACCAAGGACAACUUCCGGGCGCUGGUGGUGGAGAGCGGCCUGGCGGCGGUGGUCGAGUUCUACAACUCGCAGAAUCCGAUCUCGAUCAACACGGGUCCCAUCUUCGACGUGCUGGCCCUGGAUUAUGGUGGAUUGAUGACCGUAGGCGUGGUAAACAUGGACGAGGAGAAGGAGCUCACCUCCUUCUUCAGCCACCCAGAGCACAACGUACCCUUCGUUGUACUCUUCCCUCCUGAGCGGGAGGUGGUGGAGCCGGGCGUGGAGCCGCGCGAGAAGGGGCCAUUCGCGGGGAAGGAGUUCACCUACUACAUGGGACCCAUCGAACCCAGGGAGCUGGCAGACUUUGCCCUGUCGCCGCUGCACGACCGCUACGUGGUGCGCGUGACGGAGGAAAACCGCGUCGGCUUCCAUGACGAGGCGGGCAUGCCCAAGGCCUUCUGGUUCAGUGACACCAACUCGAAGCCGCCGGUGCUGGUCCAGGCCCUCUCACAGGCCUUCCAGGGGCGCAUGAAGGUGGGCUACGUGCGGCGCAACGAGGCGGGGGUGUUCGCCCACUACGGCAUCCCGCAGGACCAGGUGCAGCUGCUGGUGAUCGGCAAGGACUGGCAGAUGCACCACUACGGCGGCCGGCCCACCGCCCACCGCAUCUUCCGCUUCAUAGACAAGCACGCACUUCCCAGAGCCACCCACGAUGACUCGCUCGACCCACCACCAUCGCCCACCAAGCAGGGCAAGGACGAACUCUAA